GCAACUGGGCCAAUGGUCUGCCGCGGACCGCGCAGACCCCUCCCACGAACAAGAAGCUGGUUGUGCGGGCCAUUCAGGAGUUUGCAGCGAGCUCUGGCAAGGACCUCUCAGAGCUGCGUCAGCAUGCGGAAGCUUCUCCUCCUGAGCCGCAACCGCAGCUUGCAGACCUCACCUCCAAGAGCGUCCAGGACUUGCUCCAGCGACGCUCAAAGAAGGAGAAGCAACUCACAGCUGCGCAAGCCCGCGGGGCUGUCUGCCGCGACGCCCUCGCCCAGACCCAGAAGCAGCUGGAUGACGCAAAUCAAACCAUCGCUGAUCAUGCGGAGUCUCUUGCUAAGACCGAAGCCGCGAUCAGAUAUGCCCAGGCCAAGGCCUUCGUGCCAGAGGUCAAGAAUGAGGAUGAGGACGAUCCCGCAGCCACUGUCGCCAGCCUCGAGACUCUCUCGGCCUUGCUGGGCAAAGCCGCCACCCGCUUCGGGCUCGACUUCUCGGCCCAGACGGAGGUGGUCGGCGCCAAGGUGCUGUUCCUCAUGGGGCUGGGGCCGCUGCUGCUGCUGGCGGAGGCCCACCAGGUCGAGUUUGACCCCGAGGAUGACGAGGUUACCACGGCGUUCGCGGUAGCUGGGUUCGAUGUCGCCGCCGACAGCGCCAAGUUCAAGCGCUUGUUGGAAUUUCUCGGCGACACGGCCGCCAAGAGGACACGGUUGGGGUGA